GAUAGAUUACCACUUUCACACCCAUCAUCCCCACAAGUCAUGAAUCCGAAUACCCUCAUACAGCGGUAGAACGACACUCACCAUCAUGGCAGAAGCACUUCAGGCUAUGCUGCAGACGGUGACGCAGAAUUUGCCUUCAUUCAUUGCCACGCCAGGUCGACUAAUUUUGGGAGAAGAUUGUUAUACUUCUUUGAUCUACAAUGUCGCCCCAACGACUUUCUGCUUACGGCUUGCUGUAUCGAAAGGCUUGGGAAUUGGGAUCAUCGUAUUUGGCAGUAUACUCAAACUUCCUCAAAUCAUUACAAUCGUUCAACAUUCUUCAGCUUGGGGUAUUUCACUUUCGAUGUACAGCUUGGAAGUGGUGGCAUAUGACAUUAGCCUUGCAUAUGCAUUUAGGAAGCGAUUACCGUUCAGUACAUAUGGUGAAAAUGCAAGCUUGACCGUACAAAAUAUGGUGAUCACGCUAUUGAUCAUCUGGUAUGGCACAGAGGAGAAAGGGCAAAGACGAAAAGGUGGAUUAUUGAUCAGCUCUUCUGUUCGCCGGAGUGCUCAACGUGAUUCUUCAUCGGAUGAAAGCGAACCGAUGGUGAUGAGAAGGGUGAUAUUAGCCGCUUUACUAAUGCUUGUUUCGAGCAUUUUCCUCUUUUUACUCUGCCCUCCGAACUUGCUCUCCGUCUUGCAAGCUUUUUCUAUUCCGAUUUCGUUGUUGAGCAAAUUUCCCCAGAUUGGUGAACUUUAUAGAAACAAAAAGUGUGGUCAUCUGAGUAGCAUUGUUGUUUUUGCACAAUUGGCUGGCACUCUUGCUCGGGUUUUCACUACAAUCACUGAAACAGGCGAUUGGUUAUUGGGAAUUGGAUUUGGUUUGGCCAGCAUUUUGAAUACGGUGAUUGCGAUUCAAUACGUAUAUUAUUGGAGAUUAGAAGGGAACAAAACAACAUCUCUUUUGGGCCCAAGAAAGCAAAAUGCUACCAUUUGGAAUGCUUCAUCAGCCAAAGAUGCGAAAAAGGAAGAUGAUGUUCAUGAACUGUCGACUGAUUCAACCAACACAGGCAACAUGCCCUCUUCUACAUUUUCGAUCUUCGUGAACGAUAAUCAAGUAAGCAUCGAUUCAGACACAACAUCUUCUAGUAGAAAGAUGCAAGAGAAAGGAAGACGGCUUGAUUGAAUUUAAUAGAAACUGUAAGAUAUCAUCGUUUGGAAGUGACGAACUUCGAAGUCCUUCCAGAAAAGAAUACCAUAGUGGACCUGCAUUUACACCUCAGCCUUGAGUUAGCGUACACUACAUGCACGCUUUUGAGAAGAUUCAACUUCUUGCUUGUCCUCCACGAUCAUACACUUUCAAACCACGAUAUUGCAAUCAUGUCUGCUGCACAGAAGCCAGAGUUCCCGGUGAACGUCAGAGAGGCUACUGAAGCCGACAUCCCAACGAUUUUGCGAUUCGUAGGUGAUCAGAGAAACACAUCAAAUUUGGACAGAUUCAACAACUAACUUUGAUCGCUCUUCUUUCUCUCUCAGAUUAAAGAUCUUGCCAUUUACGAAAAAGCAGAAGAAGAGGCGAAAGCAACUCCAGAACUUCUGAUUGAGAAUGUAUUCAAGAAAAAGUAUGCGCA